CUUCUUGCAAGUUAGAGCAUCGCUGUUUACUUCACUGACAAAGCAUUGGAGCAGUGAGUGUCCAGAACAAGGCCUGCACAGAGGCACACUGCCACGCUGGGAGCAAGGAUGCCUUUCUCCGCUCGCUAUGAACUGACUCUCCUGUGUUUAACCAUGCCUCUUCUCCUCUUUGCUCAAGUGGAUACUCAGUGUAACAGGCCUCAUCAAAGGACAACAGGACACGUCAACCUCCCCUGUUGUCUUGAAACCCAAAACGGCACCAUUAAGGAAUCUGUCAACGCCUGCUACAUACAGAAUGAAAACACAUUUUCUAAUUGUAAAAUACAUGCUUACAUAUUUACCAAAGCGCAUAAAGCCUGGUGUGUGGAUCCAACAUCCUCGUGGCUCCCAGGCAGACUCCAGAGAUUACAGAGAAGAGGAAUAUUUUGCUGCACAUUGUGACGGACCUUCGACUAUCACAACAACGAUGAUGCACCUACGCAGAAAUCUUAACACCUUCCUUUUUUGUAAUUAUUUUAAUAAAAUUAAAAAUGUUCUGUCUUUGUAUACAUUUAGAUAUGUUAAUAAUGUCUUUGUAAGUAUCUUUAUUGUCUUCCAAACUAAUACGGUUUUGACCGUUGAUGUCUUGGUGCUGUUGGUCAAUGAUAUAAUGUAUGUACAUUUUAUACCAAUUCGUUUCCUUGGAAAUCUGUAAAACAUCUAGACGUAAAACUGUUUUUUUAUAUUUUAAAUGUUUUCACUGGUAAAUAAAGAGUUCUCCAUGAUGA